GUUGACUCUGCUGACCCCGCCUCAUGUAGGCCUACACGAUCGUACGUUGCUGCCUAUGUGUAAAGCCCUACAAAAUUCCGCCCUUCCUUCCCCUGCCUAUUAAAAGGAAACAUGAUCAUUCAAGGUGCCAAAAUCACAGAUGCCAAACACCCCGCCCAGGAUCGCCUGGCAGGCCAAAUCCUGCACGCCCGAGAGAUGGGCGUUUUACGUCGCAGGAAUACAACCCCGGGAGUCGAAGAGGAGGCUUCAACCUCUAACGGAAAGAUUUGGGUUGAUCUACCCUUCCUUGCGCAGGAGUUUCAAGCGGCAUGGAACGCAGCCGACGAGCUACCGGCGACAGAGCGGCAUAACCUCAACGCCUUUAUAGCCCGCCUCAGCGCCUGGGGCGUAUGUGGCUCCGAACUGUGUGUUUGUGCUCUUUCAAUUUUCAAGGAUACGUUCGAGACGCGCAGGCCAUUGACUGCAACCGAGGACCAGCAGGGCGAUAAACUGCUACCCAUCGCUGAUCUGCUACCAGCAGCGGUAGCCUGGUUUGAGCUAAGUGGUUACAAAAUAGAAAGCCUCUGUCUCUCAGGCCAGGGAAGGAACAACAAGGAUUAUGGCCCGACCCAUGUCAUCGGAAAGAUAAGCCAAUAAGUGAGGCAACAGUGACUAUGUAUUCCCCAUACAGAAAACGGCGUGGUUCUUGCUUAGAAAAUCGAAUUUGCUCAUAAAUACAACGUACUCUUAAAUCAGUUUAGA